AGCGCACGCUACGCUGCUACGCCGCUACGCACCGCGCGCUACGAUGGCCGGCACUUAGUCGCGCGGAGUGUAACUUCAGUUCUGUCGUAACUUUGUGGGAGUAAACAAGCGCCGCCCGGCGUGGCCUGUACUGCGUGUACUCGCACUACUCGCACUACUCGCUCUACUCGUGCUCUGUUCGUUGUUGGUCACUAGUGGUGCUGUCAGUGUCGCCGAUGGUCAAGAUGAAACGGAUUUGUCACCUGAUGUUCCGGCUGCUGUUCCUGCUAGACGGUGGCGUGUGGUCCCUCCGAAACCUCUCAAUCUCAGUUCCUCGCGCAGUCCUCUCUGGCGAGGGUCAGUCUGCCAUACUCCGGUGUUCCUAUGACCUCGAGGAUGCUGCCCUAUACUCCAUCAGGUGGUACCGAGCAGAGACGGAGUUCUAUAGAUACGUGCCACGGGAGAUGCCUCCCACCAUGGUGUUUCCACUCCCAGGAGCGUCUGUUGAUUUGACACAGUCAGAUCACCAGCAAGUCCGCAUCGUGAACCUGAACCGGCGACUGAGCGGGGACUACCAGUGCGAGGUCUCAGCAGACGCGCCUCUCUUCCACACAGACAUACGAUCAGCACCGCUCACUGUUGUUGAUCCGCCGUUCAGAGCCCCACAUCUGUCGAUCUCCCGAGGGAGCUACGCGCGCGGUGACAUCCUGCGCGCCAACUGCUCGGUGGACGAGGCCUACCCGGCACCCAACAUCACAUGGAUACUUGAUGAUCAUAAAAUAGCAGAAACAGUAUCAUGGAAGACAUCAGACCUCGACUUCAAGGAACGAGGAGCCUUCAGCAGACUGGAGAUCUCGAUCCUGGAGGCAGAGCAUUACAAGAUGGGUCUGACAUACACCAGCUCAAGUUUAGGCAGAUCCUAUCAAGACACCUACUAUGGAAGCUAUGAGAAACAGCCUGAGAAAGAAGACAAAGAAGUUUUAAGGUACACAUUGGUCCCUCCGCCCUCCGGUCAGUUCUCCCUGAGCUGCGUGGCCACCAUAUACGACAUCUAUGCGCGGAAGGGAGACCCCAUCCUCAUCAGAGAAGACGCUCCUCAUCCAGCCUCAGUCACUGGGGAGGAUUCUUCAGGUGCAGUGUCAUACAGCGUGGCGUUGACAUGGUGGUGCGCAUGCGCAGUGUUGGUGCUCACGUUAUGAUCGGCGCGUGCGACGCCGGCGCCCGCGCACAUUCUCAAUUAAACUCGCUAAUACAGCACUGCGCGCGGCUGUGAACGAGGAAUCGAAUAGAAACCCCCCUUUAGUGGUAAUUGUGUGAUAAUGUAUGAAUGAAUGUUUUUGAUACAGAAACUUCGUGGUGUAACGCCGUGACUUCGGGUUUCGUCAGUUCAUCGCAUAUUAAUACUGAACUUUCCACAAAAGCGAUAGGUAGGUUUACUAAAAGGACUGCGUUUGAGUAAGAUGAAAGUUUGAUAGAUUUCGUUUGCAAACUAAAGCGAUGUUUAAUUUUCGCUCAACAAUUAUUAAAUAAGUGAUUUGGUAUUACAAGUACUCUGUAAAAAAUAACAAAAAUACAACAGGCUAUAUGUUAUAGUAGAACCAGAAUUUAAUAAAAAAUCAUAAACAAUAUGAAUGUGCGAUGGACCGUACAAAACCUCCCAGUGUUAGAGGAUGGCAUGAUAGACUUAUGAUACACAUACGUACGGUAAGAAUAAUAAUUAUUAAUAUAUAAUGUACAAACGUGAGCUUAAUUAAACAGCCAUUGAUUAUUAUAAAUACGUAGGUCCCAUUUUUGUAUAAUAACUAUCGUGGGAAUUAUUAGACAAUAUGACUUACUUACGUAAUUGUUCGAGGAUUUAUGAGCUCCAGUUGUGGUUCGAAACUAGCCGAACAGUUAUAUAUAUAAGUUUUAUAGCCUAAUUAUGUAGAUAUGAUGUCUCCAUGACAAAUAAUACUCAUUUAAGAAUAAACAGUCCAUACAAUAACGAAUAUUACAGGUAAUAUUAUAAAUAUUACACAAAAUUUCCUCUCUCGCUCACUCACAUGUAUAAAGCCGUAAGAGUGAAAGGGACAAACCGCGCGCAGUGCAAACAUUACGUAAGGAAACUGAAUGUUGUGAUAGAAAGUUAAUAAAGCUAAAUAUUUGUACUAGUUACUAAGAGAUAUUGUAUAUUGUACUUAUUUCAUGUUG